UGUAACACCACGCGUUCGUCGCUGAACGGUCGUCGUUCAAGUUUCGCUUGACUUCCGUACUUACGCGUGGUUUUUGGUUUUGGCCAAAAAAAAAAAAAAAAACUAUCAUCGUUGAAAAAAAAGGCAUUGAUAAAUUCGUACCAUCCGUGGGUAGAUUCAAAGCACUGAGGAAUCGUGACAGUAGGAGGGGAGGACUUGAAUUAGUGCAUCGUCGAUGAACAUAAACAAUUUGCAGUGAUGAAUUGUUGUCAACGCCAAAUCGACUAAACGUCAAUAUGCGUAGUUUAGUAUGAAACUGUGGGAGAUUUUUUUCAUACUACAUGGAUUUCAUUCAGUUUGGUGCUCAUCCGUCGGUCAAGCACCUGAUGACAUCACAGUCAUGUUUAUUAGUCCAACUACUGUCAAAGUAUCUUGGAAAAUAACUUUGAGAGGUAUUGAAAAAUAUGACGUCAUGUACAAACCCACUAACGCCAGUUAUAGGGUAGUGGCGGAGAUAGCAGUGAACUCCGAUUCCGUAACACUCGGCAACUUGAUGCCCAACACGCAGUAUCAAGUAACCGUUACAGCGUUCAAAGCAGGCCGACGGUUCAGGAGCAGACCAGUGGUAUUCAAAACUCUGAAUAAAGGUGUGUCUUGGCCAGAUAUACGGCAUUCCACGAUGAACACAAGCGGUGACGUUGGCAUUUCUCCACCAGACGUUGUCGGUGGCUCUGCUCAUACAAUACCGCCAGAAGAUUCUACGUCUUCUCCUUAUGUUCAAGUACGAGGAAUCGAAAUAACCAUUGUGGUGCUGGUCCUCAUGGUCUGGGUCGGCGCAAUUAUUAUGUUUUUCAACCGGUGGGGUAAAAUCAGGAUGCUCAUACCGUACCAACCCGACUAUAAGGACACACAACUCAAAGUACCCGGAACUGGAGCGUGCAACACGACAAGUUCCUGUCAAAAUCAAACCGGUGCCGGUUUUUGCUGUUCGCAGAGACACUUGAUGCGCUGUGGCCUGACCGACCCGUUUGACUGGCGCGUCCGGAACCUGUUGCGGUCCCGGUCCCGGAUCAACUCGGCCAUUUACAUCAGUCCCAUUUACCAGGACGCGCACAUCAGGAACGGCAUAUCGGUGCGGCCCAUCAGGAAGGCCCGGAGCGCCGACUACUUGCCGCAGUACGACUACAGCGGAUGGGCCACCGGCCAACAGCUGUCGUUUCCGCUGUCCGGCUGCGGCGGCGGCGGCGGCGUCGUCGGUGCCACCGCAGCCGUCGCCGUCACCAACGACGGCGGCACUAUACACCAAAAGCACAUCAAGCGGUUCCAGUUGCCCACCGUGUCCAUAUCGAUAGCGUCCGAUUCCGACAAGGCGCUUAACGAACUGCUCAUCUAAACGGCGGUCGGUGUCCAUUCCCCCCCCUUCUAUGCCCAACCCGUUCAAGCCCGUGUCUGAUCGACCAACUCAAUGCUUAGAUCAUUUGACCAUAUAUUAAGAGGGCGUCGCACCGGUGAUUUUCAGUGGUAAAAACAUGUUUAAGCAGACUGAAAAUAACUCGCUUAAUUUUGGUUUUAGAGUAAAAGCAUCCGUUAUAAAAUUAAAAGAAAACAAUAUUUCGGAGGACAAGACGGUGCGUUUUUUAAAAAAAAUUAAUUUUUUAGAAAGUUACAGUCAUUUAAAAAUGUUAAAAUAGCCGUUAUUUCUAAACUAUGUAUUGAGCGUUAUACUUGGAAUAAUGAAAAAAACGCACCUUCUUGCCCUCCGGAAUAUUAUUCUCUUUUAAUUUUAUAAUGGGUGCUUUUACACUAAAACCAAAAUUAAGCGAGUUAUUUUCAGUCUGCUUAAACAUGUAGAGAUGAAAAAACAUUUUUAAAUCGCUUUCAAGGAUGCUGUGAUAGUCCGAAAAAUAAAUUAACUACCAAAAUAGAGUCCUAGUUAUUGAACUAAUAAUUACACAUCACGGUUUAACCUCUAAAUUAGGAUUUUGUGAAAAAUCGCUUAUACUUUACUCCUUAAAAAUAGGCGGUGCGACGCCCUCUUAAAUAUUAUUGCAAUAUAUUAUGACGUCAACGCUCUAAAGCCAAACCGUAUUGCUACGAACUUCAUUAAUUAAUAAAAAAAAAAUAACAAUUGCAUUCAUGGAAAUUCCUAACUACAAUGUUUCAACAAUUAAUCAAAUAUACUUGCCAUAAAAAUAACGAGCAACUACUUCUUGAAACGUAUUAGACUUACUCAGUGCAGUGGUACCUAUCAAAUUAAUUUUAAUAAUCAAAUUCGUUUUAUAGAUAGAAAAGUAAAAAAAAAAUGUUUUAACUUUUAGAUUAAAUAUUUUUAUAAAUGUGUAAAAUGGUUAUUCGAUUCUAAAAAAAUACUUUGUUCGGAAUAACGUUUUUUUUUAGUAAACAAGUGAAAUCUGAUUUUUCCCGGAACACAUAGGGGACCUGAUCGGUUACUCUAUCUCACCUUAUCCAUCUCCGUUUUAACACAAUUAUAUAAAAUUAAUCAUCUGCAAUAAUGAUAGUUUAACGAAUCAAUGGCAUCAACAAAAUAUUUGUUACAACGUAAAGAAUCAUAAAAAGUUUGAUUGAACAAUACUGAGUGAGUGUUAAAAAUUAUUAAAACCUUAUGUUUAAACCCGAGACAGUAAUUUGUAAUUUUAAAUAAGAAAACUAAAUUGUAUGUCUAAUAUAAUAGGAACGUCGAAUAUCGAUCACGAGACCCGGGACCACAAAUUGUAAAUGUGUAUUUUUUUUUAGAUCUUCAUGUAUUAUAUAAUAUGUUAUUUCUAAUUAUUUAAAUAUCACAUACUUAACUAUUUAUUAUUAAUUAUUAUAUAUAUUUUUAACUAUAAUAAAUUGUGCAGGUUUGGUUUAAUAGAAUCUUUCUAGUAAUGUAAUUAUACGUUUGUAUAUAUUUGGUUAAAAACAAAACCGGCUUGAACACAUUUGUAGAGAAUAUUGAUUAAUUUAAAGUCAAUGUGUUUUGAAAAAAAUGUAUUCAUAAUCUGUUUAAAAUAUGUACAUCUACAUAAGGUAAAACAACACAACAACAAAAAACAUGUCACGAAAAUAUGCAUUUUGAAGGAGUACAUGUUCAGAAUUUUAUAUGACUAAUACAAUAAAUUACUUAAGCUAAUAUACAUGUCACCUGUGAAAACAAAUAUGGAAUUUAUUUCUUGUUUUUUCUCGUAUUUGCAAAUAAAUUGUUUAAAUUAAUAAUUAUAAUUCCCCGCAUAUUAAUAAUUUUAAAAAAUACAGCCAGGAAUUGUAUAAAUAUUAUUCGGUAACAACCCACAUGAGUCGGCUACGGAUAUGUAAAUAAUUUACAUUGAACACAUGCAAUUUAUCAAAACAAAGCUAAUGUAGCAAAAAUAAUAUGUAAAAUAUUUUGUUUUAUAGGCAAACAACAUUCUUUUGCGAUAUUAGUACAAUAAAAUAACGUAUCAAAUAUUAUUAUUAUUAAUUAAAAAAUUAUCUCUGUAAUUGGGUAAAUUUAUGCUCACACAGUUAUACUUAGUGUGAUAUAUUAGUAUAUUCAUUAUUCCAUCCUAAUUUAAGUUUUGGGAAAUCUCCCCCAUCCUUGAAAGACCUCUCAAACAGUUAAUUCAAAUAUAUUUAACUAAUAUUAUUAAGACCCCGUCAAAUAAAAUAUACAAUAGAAUAUUAGUACAAAGAAAUAUUUAAAAAGGCGUUACAUACCUAUUGAUUAAUAUUCUUAAAAUCCUUGUUAAUUUUUUGAAUAAUAGUAGUUUUGUUUUAAAGACUAUUUAGUGGUUUUGUUUAAUAAAUGAUGUACUUAUUCGUACUGUUUAUUAAUUUUUCUGGGAUAGGACAAACCAAAGCAAUUAUCUAGAGAAUUCUCUGAGGCCAUCGAACAUAACCCUUUUCAGCCAAGACAAGUCGCAUGAUAAUAAUAUUGGUUAAUGUUAAUCAAAAAUAUUAUCAUAUUGUUCAAUAUAUCUUGCUGAUAUUUUGAACUUUUUUUGUUUCGGAUGUACUUGUAACGGUUCAUUUUAGUUGUAUUAAUUUCAGUAUGUAGUUUAAUUAUAAGUUAUGGAUGAUUAAUACAUUAUCUUUUUUUCGUAGUUUUUAUUAACGGACAUAUUUUUUCUUUAUAUAAUAUAUUAGAUGUUUUAGCUUUUAAAUUUUAAUGUUCGUUGUAUAGAUAUCUCAUUAAAGACAACAAUAAGAAUUUGAU